AAACUCUGACUGUUGUGUGUGCUUAUGCACCAAACAACAGUUCGGAGAAUCCGGCCUUCUUGGAACGAGUGAGCAGGGAUUUAUAAAGGGCCCUGCCUACAGACUCCAUAGUCUUGCUGGGAGACUUUAAUGUUCAUGAUGGCAAUGACUGGAAGACCUGAAGGGGGUGAUUGGAAAAAACAGCCUGCCCGAUCUAAACUCAAAUGGCGAAUUGUUAUUGGACUUCUGUGCCAGGCAUGGACUGUCCAUUAAGAACACCAACUUCGAACACAAGGAUGUUCAUAGGAGUAUGUGGUACCAGAGCUCCUUGGAUGAAAGGUCAAUGAUUGACUUUGUUGUUGUUUCAUCCGACUUGGGACUAUAUGUUCUGGACAAAACCUCCAUUCUGGAAGCUGCCAGGCAUAGCUGUGGCCAAAAGCUUGUUGAUGUCUGUCAGGGCGGUAACCCAAGAACCCCCUGUUGGACACUGGUGGUGAGGUCGUCAAGCUGAAGAAAGAUGCCUUUAGGGACUGGAUGGCCCAAAGGGCUCCUGACUCAGCAGAUAGGUACCAACGGGAAAAGAGGCGGCAGCAGCAACAAUGCCUCAAGCAAAAUCCAGGCAUGGGAGGAGUUCAGUGAGGCCAUUCAAAAAGACUUUCGGUUGGCUUCAAAGAGGUUCUGGACAACAAUCUGGCAACUCAGGAGUGGUUGGGGUGGCUUUGCCCAAGCCGUAUUUGGCGGAGGUGGAGAAACUUUGACUUCAAAUGAGGAUAAUGUCGAUCAGUGGAAGGAGCACUUUGACCAACACCUUAAUCUGGUGGAGGUCUCUGAGGUAGUUAGCAAGCUCCUCAGUGGCAAGUCUCCAGGGGUGGAUGAGAUUCACCCAGAAAUGCUUAAGGCUCUGGAUGUUGUAGGGCUAUCGUGGCUGACACGCCUCUGCAGUGUCGGAUGGACCUCGGGAACAGUACCCUUGGACUGGCAGACCAGGAUAAUGGUCCUUAAUCUUAAGAAAGGGGACCGGAGGGUGUGUGCCAACUACCAGAGUAUCACUCUGCGUGGAUUCCGUCCCAGCUUUGGAAUUAUGGACCAGUUUUUCACCCUCUUGCAGAUUGUUGAGGGGGCAUGGGAGUUUGUCAACCCAGUCUUCAUGUGUUUCGUAGAGAAGGCUUACGACCGUGUUCCCCUGAGAUAUCCUGAGGGAGGUCUUCCGGGAGUAUGGGGUGCUUGCGCUACGACUCCAGGCCACUCAACCUCUGUACUCCUGGAGUGAGAGUUGUGUCUGUAUAUUUGGUAUUAAGUCAAGCUCGUUCAGUGUAUGUUGGACUCCACCAAGGUUGUGCCUUGUCCCCUCUCCUGUUUGUGACAUUCAUGGACAGGGUGUCAAGGCAUAGCUGAAGUCGGGAGGGCAUUAUGUGUGAAGAGUGGAGAGUGGCGUCUCUGCUAUACGGAUGAUGUUAUCUUUUUAGCUGAAUCCCAUGGAUGCCUCCAGUGAUCACUGGAGUGCUUUGCAUUGCUCUCUUUAUCUAAACUAAAUGUGCUGAGCAAAUGAACUGCAGUCAGAGACUUACAGCAGUAACAGUUAAAGGAACAAGUGUUGUUUUAAUUAUAUUGAAUAUGUAUAUUAUGGUAAUCUCUAUCAAUGCCAUAAUGCUGUGUGCAUGACACAAGUAAUACAGAAAAGAUAGAUCAAUUGUAAUGUUUUAUUUAAAAUAACAAGGUAUAUAAAUCUUUAUAGGAUGUAUAAUCACGUAUGUAUCAAAUGUAUUGUUCUCCUGUAAGGAAGACUGAAUCAUUCGAGAAGAGACACCAAA